AUGGCACCCGCCCUCUCCAAGCAGGAACUCCCACCAUGGGGCAUCGCGCUCGCAGGCUCCGCCGGUGCGCUCGCCGCCAAUGCCGUCGUAUAUCCGCUGGACAUCGUCAAGACUCGGCUGCAGGUGCAGGUCAAGAGGAAUGAGAAGGAUACGCAUACCGACGACGGUGACCACGUGCACUAUGAAGGAACGAUGCAUGCUAUCGGACACAUCAUGAAGGAGGAGGGUAUGUCGGGGCUGUUCCAAGGUAUCACUGGUAACUUGAUCGGUGUCGUCAGUACCAACUUUGCGUACUUCUACUGGUAUGGUCUCGUGCGGGACCUGUACCACAGCAAGAUCGCGAAGAGCAAUGCGCCUGCGUCGACACCAGUCGAGCUGCUUCUGGGUGCCGCUGCUGGUGCUUUGGCACAAUUGUUCACGAUCCCGAUUUCGACGACGACCACGCGACAACAGACCCAAAGAAAGGGCGAGAGGAAGAGCAUGUUUGCAACUGCAAAAGAAAUCAUGGAUGGCCCUGACGGCGUUGCUGGAUUGUGGAGGGGUCUCCGAGCCAGUAUGGUGUUGGUCGUGAACCCAGCUAUCACAUACGGUGCCUACGAGAGACUUCGAGCUAUGAUCUUCCCUAACAAGGCGAAUCUCGCCCCACACGAAGCUUUCCUCCUCGGUGCACUCUCAAAGAUGAUGGCCACAGUAGCAACACAACCGCUCAUCAUCGCAAAGGUCGGCCUUCAAUCGAAACCGCCACCACAGCGCCAGGGCAAGCCAUUCACAUCGUUCCUCGAAGUCAUGCAAUUCGUGAUCGAACGUGACGGCUUCUUGGGACUCUACAAGGGCAUUGCACCUCAACUACUGAAGGGAUUCUUGGUUCAAGGUAUCCUCAUGAUGACCAAGGAGCGCGUGGAACUGCUCUUCGUUCUCCUCUUCAGAGCUGUCCGCAAGAUGCGACAAGAGCAACUUGACAAGCUCGCCCGCAUCGCAGCCGAGAAGAUCGACAAGGCCAAGCAACAGGUUGCGUAG